AUGCCGCCCACCCACACCAGCUAAUAAGAUAUGGAGACUAAACUUUCAUUGAAAGGAACAGUCUCUGAUUAAAGAGUUAUGAGUCCUGAGAUUACCAGCAGGAUCUGGAUCUGAUCUGAACUAUGGAUGAAGACGGAGACACCAACUGAGGGGAAAAAUAACGGGGUCCCUUUAAGAUGACACGUACAGACCCCCCUGAUAUAUUAACAUCAACUUUGUAUCAAGACAUAAAAAUUAGCCCUAACUCUGGGUUCUCACAGUAUUCUGAAUCUUCUAAACAAUGUGAUUCCCAAAUGGUUGGCCCACUGGAUCAAAACUUUGAAAUCAUUAACAAAAGACAUUGCCGUAGCUUUGACUUCAUUGAGUCUCUGGAUGAUCCAAAGACCUUUACCUCAUCCAUGGAGUAUCCUUACCGGUCUGAUCAACAUACAAUAAAUAAGGAUGCUGUUCGGAAUGGUAUUGGACAGCAGGGACACUUACGUUUUUCCUCUCCGGAUCUGUUCAACUCGAGACUCUCCCAACAACAAAUUAGCACAGACAAAGGCAAUGACACAGCAAGGACUAGUGUUCAUGGCAAGCCUCACUCAAAAAGUGCUCCAAGGGUUCGAGCCACCUUGACCCCUAUACCUAUCACAGUCUCUCCACCUGCAACCAUGAGGCGUCGAUCUCCAGUGGAUCCUCAGAAGAGACCUGAAGGUUUACCAAACCGAGAAACCUCCCAUUCAACAAACAGGGCUUUAGUUAACGAGGUUCAUCCUAUCAAGCUACAACCUCAAAUGCCCAUGUAUGUUUCUGAUUGUUUUGAGGAGAACAAACAGGAGAAGCUAACACAAGCCAACACUCCCCAUGUCAGGUGCCGUGUUGAUAUUAAGCCAGACGCCUCAGUUCUUCAGCACACUGCAAGAGAGAUGUCUACUCACAGAAGUAAUGUUCCCUGGCAGCUCUCUUCUGCAUCAGGGAUCAGGAACCUUUCUUUUCCAAGUCAGAUAUCCACCUGCAGAACACCUACUCCUAGUGAGUGUUACAGCAUGGACUACAGGCCAGCAUAUCAGUAUCCAAACAGCAUGUUCAGUAGUUACAUUCAGCCUGGAGAGAUCUCAUUUGGAAGGGCUUCUCCUAGAGACUCAAGGGAAUACAGAACACUGUCUAACCCAAACAUUCCAACAAAGUUCUUCUACACAGAUGAUCCUUGCAGGUAUCCAGCUCAGCCACCCAGUAGAACAUAUUAUCAGGAUGACCAAUACAGUAUUAACAGCAGUACCAGCCAAAAUCCCUCCCUCAGUAAUCAGUAUGUACUUGACCCAAGGACUCGCUGGGUUCAUACUUUGCCAACACAUUCGUACUAUGGUGAUUUUCAUCAUGAGCCUAUGGAUGGAUCCUACAAUAGACAAUAUUCAGUGAGUGAGCCAGGGCCAUACUUCAUAUCUACCCCUCACACUGAAACAUACUGUCAGGAGGAUCCAAGAGCAUUUGCCUUUCCCUCUGACCCUUCAAAGAUGUUAUAUACACGGCCUUGCCAUUACCCAGCAGAAUUAAACAUUCCUAUGAGAGGAUACCAUACAGAGGGACGCCAACGCCCACGUACAUCCCAGGUCUUUUCAGACGACUGGCACCGGUCAAGCAUUGCUACAUAUUCCAGUCAGUAUGCAUCCUCACAGGCAACCCCUCAGCGGAUCCCAUCGUUAAGCCCAUGGUAUCCCAAUGACUUUACUGAGCCAAGCCGUUUAGGUGCAGAUGUCAGGAAUUUCUCAAAAUCUUGGGACAACAUUCUCAUUCCUCACAUGGACAGAGAACAUGGUAUUUCACGAGGCAGGAGCUAUGAUAACCUUCUCCAUCACGGGAGGCCAGGAGUUCCUUCUAAUAAUAGUCAACGACCAGUUAUUGUGAACCUUUCUAGUUCGCCCAGACGUUAUGCUGCAUUGUCCCUCUCUGAAAACUGUCUGGAGAAGUGUGCUGGUGACAGGCAAAGCAGUGCAGGGCGGCACUGGUUUUUAACCCCAGAGAUUACAAUCACUGAUAAUGACAUCCGUGCAGCAAACAGCAGCAAGAGAAAUGGGGGAUCUAGUGGAUCUCAAACUGCAAACACACAUAACUUACAGAGACCUGUAAACCCACCUGAACCCACAGAGAGGAAAAGCAAUAAUUAUUCCCUACAGCAAAGCCUUGAACAGCUUGACGAGCUUCUCGCUGACUUAGUCAUUGAUUACAAACCUCAAAAUAGCAGGCGACCAAGUAAGGAUUUGAUAGACCAACUCAAACAAUUGAUUAAAGAUGAUGACACAAAAGAAGGGAAGAGAGAAACAGAUCAAGAGGAUUCAGGACUUUUGAAAACAGACUCUUCAAAGACUAGCCCAGACACACUUAAAGAUCCAGAUAGUGGUUGUGAGGGGUUUCAGAGGAGCAUUGAGGAUAUCUCUUUGAACCAUAUGACAGAUGAGGACGACACUAUGGUGUGCUCCAACAGGAAAUGCUUACGUAAAGACACUACAUUCAAUGCAUCCUUGUACUUCAAGUCCUGCCACAGCUGUUAUACCCACUACUGUUCCAGAAACUGUAGGCGAGAAGACUGGGACACACAUAAAGAAAGCUGUCAUUAUGGCCGCAUCAGUAGCGUUUGCAGGCAUAUACUAAAACACUGUCGAGAGAACUCCGAGGUUCAUAAAGUCUUUUCACGCAUUGCUCGGGUGGGGUAUCUGUCGCGAGGGAGAGGAGUUCUGUUUCUGGGUUUUCAAAACCCAGGGUCUGCAGAUAACUUUCUCCAGGUUGGUCUUAAAAGCCUUAUGCUUUCUCCGACAUAUCUGUCAGUUAGAGAGCUAGACAGUUUCAAAGACAAACUUGGAGAAUACUGCAAAGAGUUGCAGCAUGCAGGCAAGGAGUAUGACCCCACUGAAUGUUUCCUCUUGAAUGUAUCCAUAGCUGUUGGAGACUUUGUGCCUAAACUUCCUUCACCUAAAUUGCAAUCAUCAACAGUUCGCAAGUAUGCCAAAGUCUCAUUAGCCUCCUCAAGCCCAGAUAAGAAAAUCUUUAAGAAAGAAUGUGAAAUGGAGACACUAAUUCUCACUCCGCCUCCUGGGACAUCAGACAUAAACAAGGAGGGCCAAGAGGGCAGGAAAGCAAGAGAGAUAUGUUUCAUUAACAUCCAAAGGGAACUCCGAACCCGAGGGGUCUUCCUUCGCCACGAGUUCCCACAAAUAUACAACCAGCUUUGCGAGUUUGUUGAGAGCAACAAAAGAUUCACUCCUACCACCAUCUAUCCCAUAGACAAGAGAACAGGAAAACAGUUCAUGUGUAUGAUCAUGGCAGCAUCUGAACCAAGAAUGCUGGACUGGGUUGGUGCACCACACCUUUUAGAUGACAUUAUAUAA